UUUGUCCAUUAGCAAUGAACAUAAUCGCCGUUUUGUUCAUUACUAUACUGCUGGGCCGUACUGAGAGUCGGAUGCCAACAGUAUACGAGUUCUGUUCCCAUGUUGUCGAUAGAGAGGGCCCCAGUCAAGCCACAUGUGACUUGAGUCAGUGUAAAGGCAGGCCCGGAAAGCGAGGGCCGAUUGGAGAAAAGGGCGAUCGAGGUUCUAAAGGGCCAAAAGGCAAUCCAGGAACAGCUGAACAUUUGGAGCGGAGAAUACAAGAACUAGAAGCUUCUCUUGCAAAGUCAAAUCAGAUUCUUGAAUCACUGCCAAAAAGUGCAUAUUGUUAUCUGGGAAUGAAAAACCGAGAAAUUCCCGAUUCCGCAAUCACGGCUUCAUCAGUGUACGAUGGCAACCACAAUUCGUAUCACGCAAGGCUUGACAGCCGAAACAAACCAAACGACAGUGGUGCUUGGGCAGCAAAAUACAAUAGAGUUGGUGAAUGGCUCCUGGUUGAUUUGGGAAAGCCCACUAUGGUUGGAGGAGUAAUAUCUCAAGGAAGGCAUGAUUAUGUUCAAUGGAUCAAAACAUUUACAAUAUCGUGCGGGUAUUCUUCAUCUACGUUGGAGCCAAUUCAAGAAUCCGGAUUUACCAAGGUGUUUACUGCAAACAGAGACCAAGAUACGAAAGUAAUCAACAUGUUUCCGAGUCCAAUAUCUUGUCGAUAUAUCAGAGUCAACCCCCAAUCUUGGCAUGGCCAUGUCAGUUUGAGGGUCGAAUUUAUCAAAGGAGUCUGUUAUGAUAUGUACACGUAAUGUGAUGAAUUUUAUGAACAUGCCUAUAUAACAUGUGUACGUAUGUUGGUCUGUGAAUGAAAUUCAGCUAUGAAUGAUUCAAUUUAUAUUUCUUACCAAUAGAACGUUUAUGUUUUUUUAAACCUAUGGUACGUAAAUUUUGUUAGGUUUGUCGAAACGAAUACUUUUAAUCUGCAGUACAUUGUACGAACCUCUUUUAUUGAAAAUUUUUCCAAUGUUUUGUCAAACAAUUUUUUUUAAAUUUGUAAAUACCUGUCGUGUAUGCAGCUUCAAACGGAUUAAUUUCGGCACGAUAUAAAUUGGUAAUUUGUAACGAUACUGAACACUAAUUAU